CCUGCCUCGAAGUACCGAACGCAAUUAACCGUCCGCCCAGGAUGGAACCGUUCGGAACUUUUGUAAGUCACUGCACGGCCGCUGCUUAUGGUGGAAAUGUAAUAGAUAUAAGUACAGAGCGCGUGAGCGAACUAAAAACGCGAUAGAGAAGUAGAGAGAGGAUGUUCCGUCCUUGUCUAAUGACGCGCACUUGUACAGGAAAUAUGUAACAGCGGUAUACGAGCAGCGUCAGUGUCCACUAGUGUGCAUGCCUGAUUAAACAAGAACAGGAAGUAUCUAUACAUGGUGUUCUCUUUCUAUUUCCAUGUUGCAUCCAUCUUACUAUACAGUACACACACUCAGCUAUUCUAUCAUUAUAUUUGUGCGUUGCUUAUGUGUGAACCAAACAUUUCCAUGACAACAAAUCGUUUGUCUCUUGUUUGAUGCUCGGUUUUCAACGGAGUUAAAAGAAUUUUUUAAGAGAAACGUAAUGGACGGGUUGUUUUUAAAGUAAUAAACGGAAAUUCUCGUAUCCAUUGAGAAACGAUAGGCGAUUUGAAAGUAUCACUAUGAACGGUGAUUUAUCGAUGCAAGGUAGUAUGAAUAAGAUAUUUUAUAAUCUGCGAAAAAAGGUAAGGAAUAUUCUAGAUUUUAGAUUUUAGAAUUUCCACGUCACAGACGAGUGUGUUUUGUUAUUUGAUUUGUAAUAUUGCUGCAGUUCUCUUAAUAGCUGUUCGUUUCAUGCGAUACUCGCACAUAGUAUCUAUGACUUUUGCUUCUAACAAUUUUUAUAAUUAGGCUGUAUCAAAUAUUUUUAACGUUCGUGUUUCAUGAAAAAUCAUGUGUAACUCGUUGAAUUCGCAAAUGUAACAAAAAAUUCCACGAAAAACCUUAUAUUAUUGUAAUGAAAAAAUAAUUAUAUUAGGAGGAGAGUCGUAUUUCGGAAAGUCAUCGGAACAUAUUAUACCUUGUAUGUGAUUAUUUGGAACACAAUGGGUGAGUAUAUUAUAAUUAAAAUAUAUUCCUAGUUCCAAUUCUUUUGAAUAGUGUCAGUGACCAAUCGAAAUAGAAAUCAGUGGACAUCAUGGAGAGAGAAGGCGAAACCAAAUUUGAAAAUUCGACAUCGGUAUAUAGACGUUAGCGAUGUAUUAUUCCGGGAAGCUCGUCUAUCUCCCGAACAUCGGGUUUGCGACAACAUCGAUUUGGAAAUUAUCGUUGCAGAGUAUGAAAAUUAUUACAAGAUGAAAUUUCAAAAAUAUCCCAUAUUGUGUAAGAAAAUAACUGGAAGGGAAAUGACGAGGGAAGUGACAAAUGCAAGCAAAACUGUUUGUAGAAGUAUUGAGACAAAAGCCAAAUCUGUUAGUAAACAAGCGAGAAGUGAGCCUGUGAAAGAGACGAAUCUACAGCAGAAGAUAACUGAUGACAAUACGAAUCAUAUUAAUCUCGCAAUGACAGUGACGUCAAUAUUCCCCAAUGAGAGUGAUGGACGUUCAUCAGAAGAGCUAUUUAACGUCCCAAUGGAACAAUCCAUGCAAUCGAAGAUAUUGAAAUGCAUUGAAAAGUUUUAUUCAGAUAAUCCGGAAUUACGAAAGAUUGCUGAGGACAUCUCAUGCAGAAGACGCCAUUUUAUCUUUGUAUCGUCACAGGAGAUCAUAGUAAACAAAUUAAAUGUACAUUGGGAUGACGUUAUAGGCCUAGAGGAAUGUAAAACCGCUGUUAAGGAGGCCGUUGUGUAUCCCCUUAAGUAUCAUAUCUUUUUUGAUGGCCCGUUUUCCCCCUGGAAAGGUAUUUUGCUGUACGGCCCACCUGGUACAGGGAAAACGAAGUUAGCGAAGGCAGUCGCGACAGAAUGCCAUUGCACCUUUUUUAACAUAACUGCCAGCUCAUUGGUCAGCAAAUGGAGAGGCGAUUCCGAGAAGUAUAUACGUGUAAGUUGCUUUGUCUAUGUUUUAUUUGAACUUGCCUAUAGUCAUUCGCCUACAAUUAUUUUUAUCGACGAGAUUGACUGGAUCGCCACAAAUAAAGGAGACUGUAUAUUGUCUGAACCUGCAAAGAGAUUCAGAUCAGAACUUCUUUCUAGAUUGGAUGGAUUAGUGUCUAAUGAGAAUUCUAAUGUAGUUCUUCUGGCUACAACUAAUUCCCCUUGGGGCAUUGAUGCAGCUUUACUCAGGCGUCUCGAAAAGCAAAUAUACGUAUCAUUACCCAAUGAAGUUGCUCGACUUGGUAUAUUCAAAUUAUACCUUAGCAACCACUUAUUAGAAAAUACAGAUAUUGUAAACCACAUAGUAAAAUGUACUGAAAGAUAUUCUUGUGCAGAUAUAAAAUUGCUUUGUAAGCAAGCGUGGCUACCAGAAAUAAGCCCGAUAUGGAGGAGACUUGAAAAGAAAGAAACACCUGUUACCACUUUGAAAUAUGAAUUAAAAAGUUAUGAAAUAUUAGCAAAAUUGUUACAAAAAAUGUCACCUACAGUUAUGCAAAUAGAUAAAUAUGAUACGUGGAACAAAUAAAUACGCAAUCGUAAGGACAGAUAUUGAAAAAUAUAAAUAAAUGGAUUAUCGUUCGAGAAAUCA